GGAACCGGUUCUACGCCUGCCUCCGGCCUUAGGUGGCUACACCUCCUGUGGGCCUCUGGUUCUCUUGAGGUCGAGUGUUUGGAAGUGCCACCUUUUUGGCCCUGCGCUAUGGGAGUGACUUGUGUGUCCCAGAUGCCUGUGGCUGAGGGCAAGAGUGUCCAGCAGACGGUGGAGCUCCUCACCAGAAAAUUGGAGAUGCUUGGGGCAGAGAAACAAGGAACAUUUUGUGUGGACUGUGAGACUUACCAUACAGCUGCCUCUACCCUGGGCAGCCAAGGCCAGGCUGGGAAGCUGAUGUACGUGAUGCAUAACUCCGAGUACCCCCUGAGCUGCUUUGCCCUCUUUGAGAAUGGGCCUUGCCUUAUUGCUGACACCAACUUCGAUGUGCUCAUGGUAAAGCUCAAGGGCUUUUUCCAGAGUGCCAAGGCCAGCAAGAUUGAGACCCGGGGUCCUCGGUACCAGUACUGUGACUUCCUGGUGAAGGUGGGCACAGUCACAAUGGGGCCCAGUGCCCGUGGCAUCUCUGUGGAGGUGGAGUAUGGCCCUUGUGUGGUGGCUAGUGACUGCUGGAGCCUCCUGCUGGAGUUCCUACAGAGUUUUCUUGGUAGCCACACACCAGGGGCCCCCCCAGUGUUUGGGAAUAGACACGAUGCUGUGUAUGGGCCAGCAGAUACCAUGAUACAGUACAUGGAACUCUUCAACAAGAUCCGAAAACAGCAGCAAGUGCCAGUGGCUGGGAUUCGUUAGUGACUGGCAGCUGCCCACCUUCUGAGCUGACACCAGGGUACUGCCAGGAGGAACAGGUGCUGUACUCAGGGUCCUGGGCCUCUGGCCCCAGCUGGUUACCAGCUGUAGCUUAUGUUCUGGAACUCUGGACUCCCCUCCUGACCCCAUCACAGCUGUUUUUUACUUCAUGCCUUAACUGGACUUGGCUUGUCCUCAAGAAUGGUAAUUGUUAAGAAUGGAGAAGCUUGGGCUUUCCUGCUGUAGGGUAAACGUGGGACAGGGUUGUCUCUGCCAGCACUGAAGGUAAAAACAGUAUGUGUCCCCAGCUCCUGAGGGUUUGGUAUAGGCCACAUUGUGCAGUGUGGCUGUGCUGGGUGGGGCCCCCUUUAGUUUGAGGAUGUGGCUGGCCUCUUCUAGAGAUGGUUGGGUGACAUGACUGGAUUGCUCUUGAUUUCUAGCCUGUUGGCUGCAGUAAUUUGAGAACCAAGUCAGUGAGAGUGUUGCUUUCAUCCUUUGGACUCUGAAAGUUUCCCUUUCUGGUUUGAAUUGUGUGAACCCAUAGGCUAAACUGUAGCAAAGCCAAAUCACGGGGCUCUUACUGCAGAUUUUAUUACUUACCUAAUAGUUCAGAGGCAGUCAGUUCCCCAGGGCAGAAUUAACUCUUGGGUUAGCACGAACAGGCUCCUUAUGUCUUAAUGUUUGGUCGCCCCAAUGUUUUUCUUACCACAGGAUGUAAGCACACUUGUUGACUCCACGUUCACAGUCCACUGAGCAGAGAGACGGUUGCUCACAUCACUGCGGGCAUGCUUUCCUGACUCAACACUUGUUUGUUGACGGUCUUCUUGUCACACUUUUCACUGAUACCAUUGCUUACCUGCCUCACACCUGCUCCGGAAACAGUGAACCAGGCUACCAUUUGAGAUGCACACAGAUAGGAUUGGGAAAAUUGCUAAUAUACAAAGUGAGGUGUGUCACCAAGGACGCUAUCCUCUGAGGACAGCCAAGCAGACGCUCCAGAGCAUGUUCCUACAGCAGCUGUGAGGUGCUGCUUUGGCUGGCAGGAAAAGCUCAGCAUACCUGCCUGGCUGCAGCAGGGUCUGUUGUCCACAUUGUUCACUGUUGCUUCCCUUUGCUUUUGUUUUAGUGUUUAUUUUUGCACUUUAAAAUUUAGGUGUGUCUUAGGUGUCACAAUAAAAUCUACAAAUAUGAA